CAACACGUUUAUCUAUCUCGCCGGCUCAACACUCACCCUAGAAAUGAGGCAAGUCUUGAUUUUGAGAAACACAGCGGCAAGAGACUGAAGAGUGGACGCCGGUUAAAGUCGAGAAAGGACGCUCUCUGCACGCAUCCGCAGCUCACCAUGAGGGAAAUCGUUCACAUCCAAGCUGGUCAAUGUGGAAAUCAGAUUGGGGCGAAGUUCUGGGAGGUGAUAAGUGAUGAGCAUGGCAUCGAUCCAACCGGUAGUUACCAAGGUGACAGUGAGCUGCAGUUGGAGAGGAUAAACGUCUACUACAAUGAGGCAUCAGGGAGAACAGGCAGCAAAUUUGUGCCCCGUGCCAUUCUGGUGGACCUGGAACCAGGAACCAUGGAUUCAGUUCGCUCUGGUCCAUUUGGGCAGCUAUUCAGGCCUGACAAUUUUGUCUUUGGUCAAAGUGGAGCAGGAAAUAACUGGGCUAAAGGUCACUACACCGAGGGAGCUGAGCUGGUGGACUCUGUGCUAGAUGUGGUGAGAAAAGAGUCCGAAAAUUGCGACUGCCUCCAGGGCUUUCAGCUCACCCACUCCCUGGGUGGAGGCACGGGUUCAGGAAUGGGCACACUGCUCAUCAGCAAGAUCCGUGAAGAGUACCCUGAUCGCAUCAUGAACACCUUCAGUGUCAUGCCUUCCCCAAAAGUGUCUGACACUGUGGUGGAGCCCUAUAACGCCACCCUCUCUGUACACCAGCUAGUGGAAAAUACAGAUGAGACCUUUAGCAUUGAUAAUGAGGCUUUGUAUGAUAUCUGCUUCCGUACUUUGAAGCUAACCACACCCACCUAUGGAGAUCUUAACCACCUGGUAUCAGCCACAAUGAGUGGGGUGACAACAUGUCUCCGCUUCCCUGGACAGCUCAAUGCUGACCUCCGUAAGUUGGCCGUCAACAUGGUGCCCUUCCCCCGCCUGCAUUUCUUCAUGCCAGGCUUUGCGCCUCUGACGAGCAGGGGCAGUCAGCAAUACCGUGCCCUCUCUGUGCCAGAGCUCACACAGCAAAUGUUUGAUGCCAAGAACAUGAUGGCAGCGUGUGAUCCCCGUCACGGACGCUACCUCACAGUCGCAGCCAUCUUUCGUGGUCGUAUGUCAAUGAAGGAAGUAGAUGAGCAGAUGUUGAGUGUGCAAAACAAAAACAGCAGCUACUUUGUGGAAUGGAUUCCCAACAAUGUCAAGACUGCCGUUUGUGACAUCCCACCUCGUGGCCUCAAGAUGUCCGCCACCUUCAUUGGCAACAGCACUGCCAUCCAGGAGCUGUUCCGAAGGAUCUCUGAGCAGUUCACUGCCAUGUUCCGCCGCAAGGCUUUCCUCCACUGGUACACUGGUGAGGGAAUGGAUGAGAUGGAGUUCACUGAGGCUGAGAGCAACAUGAACGACCUUGUGUCUGAGUAUCAGCAGUACCAGGAUGCCACCGCUGAUGAAAUGGGUGAAUAUGAAGAGGAUGAAAUGGAAGAUGAAGAUGAAGUCCGCCAUGAUGUUCGCCACUGAUUAUAAAACCCACUGAACCAAUCCCUAAUAAUAACUGUUGUUGGACAAAGGCAGCAAGAUCAUAAGAUAUAUGCUAGAGAUGCAGAUUUCAACUAAAUGUUGUGCUAUGCAGCUCAUGAUCAAAUAUAGUCCUUUAGUUAAAACUGUGCUGUAUAUGAAUAUAGCCUUUACUGACAAAGAUUGUGAAUGGUGUUAGAAUCUAGAAUUAUGCAAGUAAACAAAGCAUUUGGUUUGCAAGUCAUACUAUGUCAGUACCAAAAACAAGUGCAGUUUUGUAACAAUAACCUCAAUGUGCACUCAUUUCUUCAUGUCUCCAAUAAAGA